GUCUUAGCAGUUUACAUGUCAAAGUCAUAUUUCUAGCAUCAUAAUAUACUACGACUUAUCUUCUUCAUGCCAGGAUGUAAGGAACUAAAUCUUGCCAUAUAUCACUUAGAAUAGUAGUGAUAUUUUUUAUCAGGACCUACGUGGCUCAAACAUUUUGACUUGUAGUCAUACACAGUCCUGGUAUUAGACAAUGCUCAAAAUGGCAUGCUCAGAUUCCUACCCUCUCUGUAUGGACUAUGGAUUAAGAAAGUGGCUUUCAGACACUGAAAUAUUACAAGCUGAACGUUUUCUUCUUGAGGUUGCGGAAAAUGCAAUCUUUUUCUUGAGUCGGCCUAGAAAAGCUGGUGGUCGUGGGGUUAAAGAUUUAAGGAAGUUUAAUUUGGCACUGCUGGGAAAGUGGUGGUGGCGCUUGUUAAAUGAAGGAGAUACACUAUGGAAUAAGGUGGUGAUGAGUGAAAAGUAUAAAGCAGGUAGGCUAUCUUGGGUUGGGUUUAGUGCUGUGAGUGAUAGUUCUAGAUGGUGGAAGGAUUUGUGGAGGUUAGAUAAUGGAGUUGAGGAAAUGGAGAGCUGGUUUAGGACUGGUAUAGUGAGGGAGGUUGGUGAGGGGAAUGAUACACUUUUUUGGGGAAGAUACAUGGUGUGGAUGGGGAAGCGGAUUAAUGGAGUGCGGCCAUGGGUUUUUGGAGGUGGCGUAGAGCAUACAAUGUCUUGUCCUCAAUCCAAUGCUCGAGGGAUUCCAAGAGGUAUUAAGUUAUUAUGGAAUAAGACUGUGCCACUUAAAGUCGCUGCAUUCGCAUGGAAGGUGCUACAAGAGAGGAUUCCAACAGUUGACAACUUGGCAAAGAGAGGAUUGCAUAAGGAACGGGAAGAAGGAUUAUGUGUUCUUUGUGGAGUUGUGCCUGAAACAAAAAAGCAUCUUCUGUUUACCUGUAAAAUGGCGUGGGAAAUAUGGGCAGCCUGUUAUGAAUGGUGGGGAAUCAAGGUGGUGUCUCAAGAGAAUGGGUGGAUGCAUCUAGAGCAACAUGCAGGAUUAUUCCAAAGGAAAACUACCAGGAAAAUAUGGGUGGUCAUCUGGUUUACUGUUGUUUGGUCCAUUUGGUUAUGGAGGAAUCAUACGAUAUUCAAACAGCAAAUGGAGCCACAAAGUAAGGUGAUGGAAAUGAUAAAGUUUCAAUCCUUCAGCUGGGUCAAGGCAAAAUUGGUGCCAGAUUUAUCCAUGGACGACUGGUAUACUUUCCCAAGUCAGAUCUGCAUAUAAUGGUUCAACUAGGAUUUUAGGAAACCUAGUUGAUGUGCGUUAUACUGGAAGCAAUAUUUUAAACUUGUUCUGUGCAUGGUAUUUUAAUCUUUGAGUAUUUCAAUUUUGUAAUGGGAGGGAGUACGCUUGUAUUCUAUUUUGGUAAUAAAAUUGUCUUUGUUGA